GUAAGUUCCAGGUCCCAGCUCACAAGCCCCCACCCUGCCCACACUGGCACCUUCCCACCCCCCUGCCCCUCAUCUGCCCUGGCGUCCCAGGCAUCUUCAGGGCUGCUCCUGCAGCUGGCCUGGCCCUCUCCCCAGGUGCACCAGCCGUGAUGCAGCAGCCGCGAGUGGAGACAGAUGCCACCGGGGCCGGCGAGGGGCUGCAGCCUGAGGUGCCCUGGUCGGCCUGGAUCACUCGGCAGGGCUGGGUGAGCUGGUGGGCAUGCCACGUGCCCCGGAGCUGGGCCCAGUGGUGGACCACAUCCGGCUGGCGGCAGCCACUGCAGCAUGUGCUGUGGGGUCUUGAGGGAAUCCUCUACCUGCUGCUGGUGCUGAUGCUGUGCCAUGCGCUCUUCACCACUGGCUCCCACCUGCUGAGCUCCCUCUGGCCCGUCGUGGCAGCAGCGUGGCGCCACCUGCUGCCGGCCGUCCUGCUGCUGGUGCUCAGUGCGCUCCCGGCCCUGCUCUUUACGGCCUCCUUCCUGCUGCUUUUCUCCACUCUGCUGAGCCUCGUGGGCCUCCUCACUUCCAUGUCUCACCCUGGCCACGCUCAGGUCUUGAACCAAUAG